ACUGCUGAGGGCCGGCCGUCCCCAGCCGAGCGCUGACUUCCGCGUCCCCGCGCCCCUCACCAUGGCCGGCUUGGGCCCCGGCCCGGGUGCGGCCGUCCCAGUGUGGCUGACGGAGGACGACCUGGGCUGCAUCAUCUGCCACGGUCUGCUCACCUGCCCCGCCACGCUGCCUUGCGGCCACAGCUUCUGCCGCGGCUGCCUGGAGGGCCUGUGGGGCGCGCGGGGCGCGGGGCGCCGCUGGUCCUGCCCCACCUGCCGCCAGGGCGCCGCGCAGCAGCCGCGGCUGCAGAAGAACACGCUGCUGCAGGACCUGGCCGACAAGUACAGCCGAGCAGCGCGCGAGCUGGAGGCGGAUCCCGGCCGGGCCCCCAGCCGGGUCCCGGACCCAGGAGCCGGCCCAGCCCUGGGGUCCCCGAGCCACCCCGCCCAGCUGCCGGCGGCAGCACAGAGGAGCAGAACAGAAGUUGGUCUGGAGCUGGCAGAGCUGGCAGAGCAGCUUGGACACAUCGCCAAGAGCCUUCAGAGUCAGAGACCCCUCUCAGAACCUGGGCCAGAAAGCAAACCAAGCAUCCUGGGCACUGCUUUUUCUUGUGGGAUGGGCCUUUCCUUGACUUCUCCAAAACUAGUGACUUCCAACACAUUUGAGGGGACAAUGAGAGACAUUCCCCAUGCCCUAGAAGAAAUCCAGGAAAAAUUACGAGAAAACGUGAUGUGGAAAGAGGUCCUUGAAGAACAAACACAGGAACUCCUGGAAGCUCCAUCUUCCUCACCUGGCCCACUGCCUGACCAGAGCCACCCAGCAACCAGGACGGCCUCCCAGUUUGCUCAGUGGGCCAUCAAUCCAACCUUUGACCUGGGGAGCCUCUCCUGUAGCCUGGAGGUGUCCGAUGAUGGCCAGACAGUGACUGUGUCACGCUUCUCACAGCCCUAUCCCUGGAGUCGCCAGAGGUUUGCGAACUGCCAGGUCUUAUGUUCCCAGGCCCUAUCUUCAGGGAAGAAGUACUGGGAAGUGGACACUCAGCACUGUAGCCACUGGGCAGUUGGGGUGGCUUCCUGGGAGAUGAGCCGUGACCAGCUCCUGGGAAGGACCAGGGACUCCUGGUGUGUGGAAUGGAAGGGGACUGGUCAGCUCUCUGCGUGGCACAUGGAGAAGGAAACUGUCCUUGGCACUGACAGACCUGGGGUUGUAGGCAUCUGGCUGGACCUCGAGGUGGAAAAGCUUGCCUACUACUUAGUGGCUGAUCAGGAGAAGCUUCUGUUUGAGUGUGCAGUCUCUACCUCCUGUCCUCUGCACCCUGCAUUCUGGCUGUAUGGCUUACAUUGUGGAAACUCACUGACUUUAAAGCAAGUAAAGGCGUAGGAGCUCUGGUGGUGCUAAAACACAGUGGUUUUCUGUCUCCCUGUCUUGAAGCAGGGUGGUAACCUGACCUAAGAAUCUCACUUCUGAGGUUAAAGGAUGCUGCAUAAAAAUAUCACUGCAAUCUUAGCAGCUGAAAACAACACACAUUUGUUAUCUCACAGCGUCUGUGGGUCAAGAGUCUGGGGAUGAUGUUGCUGAGUCCUCUGCCCCAGGGUCUUAACAAGCUGCAGUGAAGGUGUCAGCUGGGGCUGCAGCUCAUCUGAGGCUCAACUCACAAGUUGUUGGAAACAUUCAGUUCCUUGAGAGUUGUUGGACCGAGGGCUUCAGUUUCUUCUGGUUGUUGGCUGGAGGCUGCUGUCAUUUUUUUACCACAUGGGCCAUUGCAACAUAGCCGCUUGAUUCCUCAAUGCUAGCAAGGGAGAGAAAGUCUCCAAGCAAGAUGGACAUUACAAUCUUAUAAUGUAAUCACGUCCAUGUAAUCAUGCGCAUCCCAUCUCCUUGGCUGUAUGCAGUUGGUUGGAAGGAAGUCACAUGUCCUGCCCACACUCAAGGGGAGGGUAUUACACCAGGGCGUGAAUACCAGGAUAUGAGUUCAUGGGGGCACCUUAGAGUCCACCCGCCACAGUGCUUUAUUUCUUACUUGAUUUCCACCUCAAUUUUUAAAAAUUUAUCUUUUUAAAAUUGUGGUAAAAUAUAUAUAAUAUUAAAAAUGUGCCAUUUUAGUAAUGUAUAAUUAUAAUUAUUCUACAAUCAUCUAUAAUUAAUUCAGUGGCAUUAAUUGCAUUCAUGAUGUUGUGCCACCACUGCCAUGAUCUAUUUCCAAAAUUUUUCAUUGCCCCAACCAGAAACUCUGAACCCAUUAAACAAUAACUCUUCCCAGCCUCUGGUAACCUCUAAUCUAUUUUCUAUCUCUUUGAGUUUGCCUAUUCUAGACGUUUCAUAGAAAUGAAACUAUACAAUAUUUGUCCUUUUGUG